UCACAAAUAUCAUGACCAUGGGGAGGAUCAUUUUCUACGAGGACCGUAACUUCCAGGGUCGCUCCUAUGAGACCAGCAGCGACUGCCCCGAGCUCACCUCCUACCUGAGCAGGUGUAACUCCUGCAGGGUGGAGAGCGGCCUCUUCAUGGUCUACGAGAAGCCCAACUUCAUGGGCCAUCAGAUGCUGGUGAGGAGGGGCGAGUAUCCAGACAACCAGCACCUGAUGGGAAUGAGUAUAAGUGACUGCAUCAGGUCCAGUCGCAUGAUCCCCAUGCACAGGGGACCCUUCAGAAUGAGGAUCUAUGAGAAGGAGAACUUUGGAGGCCAGAUGCAUGAGCUGAUGGACGACUGCGACAACAUGAUGGAUCGCUUCCACAUGUCUGACUGCCAGUCCUGCAACGUGAUGGAUGGCCACUGGCUGAUGUUCGAGCAGCCCAGCUAUAGGGGCAAGAUGCUGUACCUGAGGCCAGGAGAGUACAGGAACCUUAGAGACAUGGGGAUGGGCGACAUGUUGAGGUUCAGCUCCAUCAGGCGCAUCAUGGACGCCUGUUAA